AUGCCAUUAAUAAGAGACAUUAUCCUACAUGAGGUAUCGGAUAAUUCCUCUUCAUCUUCAGAUCUCAAACCAGGAACGAAGGCAAAAGAGCAAUGUUUGAAAUAUCUAAGAACUCUAGACUACACUUGUCCUACCGCUCGAGAUUCCUUCCUUCGAGGAGGUGACGACACUAAAGAUGAUGAAGCGAUAUCACCAUCUGCAAACUUGGACUUGCCCGUAACGGAUCCGUUGACGGAAUCUGACGAAAAAAUUGGACAUGAUGAGAAUUCGGCGCCGAUGGUCAUACCUCCUAUUGCCUUUGGAAUACCAGCUCUUCGUAAUCAGUAUUCACAUAUGGCUCUCUUAGGAUACGGAGACAUAGAUACAGCUCAGUGGCUCUGUGGUGGUUCUAUCAUCAGCGAGAAAUUUAUCUUAACCGCUGCGCACUGUAUUUCCAGUCCUAGCGUAGGACCAGUAAAGUACGCAGCCUUUGGUAUCCUAAAGAGGUCAGAUCCUCCCAAGUACUGGCAGAUACACAACGUGAAGAGGGUGAUACCUCACCCUGAGUAUCACCCCCCACAUAAAUACCAUGACAUAGCCUUAAUUGAGACAGAGGAUCUGAUAUACUUCGAUAAAUAUUACGUACGUCCUGCCUGUUUGGAUAUGAAGUCUCAACCAGAUUUCUAUGCUGAAGCUACAGGUUGGGGCGCCCUCGGUCACAACCAGGAUCUCGCAGAUACCCUGCAAACAGUGACCCUUCGGAAGUUUGACGCUAAGACAUGCUCCCUACUGUACCCCAAGCAUAGACAUUUAAGAUAUGGCUUUGAUGAAGACACUCAAUUGUGCUAUGGAGCUGAAGACGAUCCGAAAGAUACCUGUCAGGGAGACAGUGGCGGACCCCUACAAGUUAAGAAUGGACAUCAAUGUUCCUACUCAAUCCUCGGAGUCACAUCCUAUGGAAGGCAAUGUGGAAAAACAGCUGGUUCCGGAGUUUACACCAGGAUGUAUUACCUGAUGGUAAGCAAUCAGCGCUACUUGUGGGCUGCAGCUACACCAGAAGAGAAAGAAUGCAUUCCCGACCUGGCCAUUAGGAUUUCAGAGAAUUACAGCUUACGUGAGACCAGUUCCAUGACAACCUCCCAAAAUCGCUGCAACUCCUGUGCACCAGGAUCUACAGUAGAUACAACCAUGACAACACCGGAACACUAA